AUGAAGGUCUUAGUAUUAUCACUUCUAUACUCCUUAGCAGUGGCAGUUGUCCCACCGCAUCCUAACGCCGAGUUUGACUCUUCGUUUCCACUAUACUCUCAUGACUCUCGGCGGCAAUUGAGAACAGAACAUCAGUACGAAGCACAACUAUUACAUCCUGAACUCUGUCGCUUUGAAGAUGACCGCACGUGUCAAGUCUUGGAUGAAACACUACAAAGACAAGCACGUCGGACUCUGGGCUCCAUCAAGAGCCGCGGAAGGCUAAAAGUUUUGGUAGUUCUCUUGCGGUUCGCGAACCACGAUACUCGAGAAGUUAUUGAAGCUUCGGACAUUGACAAGUUCUUCAAUGCCAAUGGUUUGGAUUCCACUCUUUACCCAACCGGAUCCAUCAAUACAUAUCUCAAGGUCAGCUCAUUCAAGUCCCUAACCAUUGAUGCGGACGUGAUUUCUUGGUUUCCAACAAACAAGACCGAACAAGAGUGUGCUGGAGGUACUUCCGGGCUCAAUCAAGAUUUCAAAUCAUGUUUUGCUCCGAUUCUAGACACUCUAGAUAGCUUCCAUGCCGAUCUGGAACAUGUAUUCAACUGGAACAAGUACGAUGAGGAUAAAAACGGAGUGGUUGAUAGUUUGAUUGUGAUGCAUUCUGGCUACGGAGCAGAAUACGGAGAUACUGAUCCCUUGGGGGCGGCUCCGCAAGAUAGAAUCUGGUCGCAUUCGAUGGGGCCGCCCGAAAAAAAUAUGUGGAAUUCGAUUCAUGGGGAAUAUUCGGUUGGGACAUACACUGUAGCUUCAGCCUUUCAUGGUCACAACGGAAAGAACAUCACCAAAAUUGGAGUGGUGCUUCAUGAAUUGCUCCAUACCCUUUCUCUUCCGCAUCUUUAUGAUGUGAGCCGGUCUGGUCGUGGUGGAGGCGUUGGUGCGUUCUCCAUCAUGUCCAAUCCAUGGGGACAAGGUGAUGAUGGCAGCUUUCCUGGCUCCCUCGACCCGUGGUCCAAAAUCCAACUUGGCUGGUUGACGCCAACAAGAAUCACAAAAAGUGAUUCCUAUUUGCUGAAACCAUCAGCAACAGAAAAUCAAGUCUACCUUAUUGACGACCCAUAUCCUCGCGGAGAGUACCUGCUGAUCGAGAAUCGACAGAAAACGCUUUAUGAUGCAAAGAUGUGGAAUGGAGCCGGUGGUGCAUUGAUCUGGCAUAUUGAUGAGGCCAAGAAUUCCAAUUCGGAAGCCGGAGGUCCCCAUCAAGAAGGUUGGCCCGAGAAUGGAAAACACUAUAAAGUAGCUCUUCUCCAAGCGGAUGGAUUGUACCAGUUGGAACAAGAUAUCAACGAUGGCCAGUGGGAUGAUUUCUUUACCUUCGGCAAGAAACUUGUUCCAGGGAGCGCAGGGGUGCACCCCAACACAGAUUCGUACCAAGGUGGCAACAUCAUUAGUAUCGGUAUCACAAUCGCUGAUUUCAAAGAGGAGGGUAAAAAUGUGAUGUUUACAGUCUCAGGAUACCCUCAAAUAGGCAUAAGCGACAAUCCAAUCAGUGAUUUUCAGAAAUGCUCUGUCAAUGUCAACAUUGGACAGUGUUCAAGCUUUCUCACCGCAGAUAUCCCACUGAUAGAAGAAGAUUGUGACUGUUACAAUUUUUGUGGGAAUGGUGCGAUUCAGGGAUGUUGCAAGUUUGGCGAACCUUGCCCAAUCACAUGUGAAUCUGGUGGACUCGUCGCAGGCUGCACCUUGGCGGUCGAAAAGCCAAACGAUCCUGAUGUUGACCUUGAUGAUGUGCCUGGGUUGGGAACUCCAGCAGAGAACCGGACACAUGAUGAUAGCUUGAGAUCUGGGGCUCAGUCUUUGAGAUGGCGAAAUCUCUUUGCGGCCCCGGUGCUUCUUCUGCUGGGAUCCUUAGCUUUUCAUGCUUAA